AUGGCUGCUCGUGGUCAGUACAGAGCAGUGAUUACAGUAGGUAGGGUGAAACUGGUUGAGGCAUUCGAGAACAACAAAGCUGACUAUCACACACUCUUGGCAUCAAAAGAUGGACAGCAAGACUCGUUUUUCACCUUGUCGAAUGUAACAAAUGUGUUCUUCAUUUUAUUUUGCUACCUGUUGCCCAUCCUUUUUAUGAGUUGGGUUUUCUACAAGAUCCAAGCCACUCUCAAGAGAAGUGCUCAACACUUCCAACAACAGAAUGUACAAGGAGCAGCCCUAGAACUUUUAAAGGCCAGACAGAAUGUGAUCAGCAUGCUUUGGAUUGUCAUGGGUACAGUGAUUGUUCUGUGGACACCACUUGUUUUCAAUAUGAUCAUCUGCUUGCCACCUUCAAUGGAAGAAUGGUGCUACUUCAGUAAAUCUUCAGCCACAAUAACAUUCGUACUCAAUCUCAUCUUCUUCAUGAACCCUGUGAUCAACCCCAUCAUUUACGUUUUCCGAUACAAGAAGUUUAGAAAGGGCCUUCGAAACAUGCUGUGCCGUUGCUUUGGUCAACCUCAAAGGACAAACCGGACUGUUGUUUGGAUUGCUAUGAAUAAACAGAACGUUUAUGAACCCUAG